AUGCAACAAAGCCAACAACCGCAAUUACAGCCGAAAUGCUUUAAAAAACCACAAAAAGAUAACACAACGCCAGCAACAACACCGCCAGCAACAACUCCGCCAGCAAAAACAACAACAAUAUCACCUAUUUUUCACAAUCAACUUCGUCGUCAAUUAUCGACACAGCAACAUAUUCUAACCGAUGUACAACAACACCAUUCUCAGUCGCGCCCUGGACAUCAAACACAACAACAACAGCACCAACCACAGCAGGGUCAAUUUUAUCUACAACAAACACCAAGCGUUGAGUUGCCAUUGCAUCAAAUACAAACGCAAAGAAAUCGUCAACCACAGCCUGCAAUUAAUUCACGCUACCCACCAACUGCUCCAAAUCGUAAUACCAACUUUAAUCAAAUCAGCAGCAAUAAUAUUAAUAGCUAUCAACAAAACAAUCAAUUCCCACGUUCAACACAGAACCAAUUACAUACACCAAAUCAGACCCCACAGCAAUAUCAACCACAUUCGCCAAUCACCACGCAACAACAACAGAUUCAACAACAUCAACAUCAACAACAGCAGCAACAGCAACAGCCACCUCAACAUCACUCUCCCAAUUUGGAUCUACAUACACAAAACUUCUUGACGCUACGAAACUUUGCUAAUCAACAAGUUGGACCACAACAAAGUCUACCACAGCGUUCUUACAACAACAAACCCUUCCAAGUACAACAGCAAUCGCAACAACAGCAGCCACAAUUUUCAAGCUUACAAGGACCUGCAUAUCAACAACAACCCCAACAGCAACAACAACAGCAAAAUUUCGCUAUUGGUCCACAAGUUCUCCCACAGACACAACAGAAAUUGCCCAAUCAGUUGCCAGCUCCGACUUUUCAAUCUAUACCGGCUAAUGCGCAAAAACCUUUCACAACCGCUCCUCAAUUAAGUUUUCAACAACAACAACAACAACAACAAGCUUCUCAACAACAACAACAACAACAACAACAACAACAACAACAGCAACAACACCACUUUGCUCAACAACAGCAGCAACAACAACAACAAGCUUUCCAAUUAACUCCUAAUUUAGGUUUACCGGUUCCACAAAUUUUCCCAAACCUACAGUCCACUUCGUUUCCAGCACAGCAGCAACAAUCGCAACAACAGGAACAGUUUAUCGGUCAACAAUAUUCCAAUCAUCCUAUUAGUGGAGUUUCACAUAACCCCGAACAUGAUUAUAAACAAAAAAUUAUACAAAAACAUGAACAAUUCGUACAGAAACAGUAUGAGAAGUCCCAAAACAAGGUGAAACAGCAACAUGAAGAAUUUAUUGCAAAACAACAGGCCAUCAAACAACAAUUACUGCCAACUUUAAUCAGCACACAUCAGCAACAGUAUCAACAUCCAAAUUAUAUACCACCACGUGGACGUCCUGUGGAUCCAUCAGAAUUUCCACAAUUUUCAUCUGCUUUACAAAAAUAUCACCUGGAACAUCCAACUACAACAACAACUACCACCACAACUACCACUGAAGCUACCACAACCGCUAAAUCUAAUAAGAACAUAUAUGCACAAGUGAAGGCCGAGCUAGGUAAAUAUGGUACAAAAACCAACAGCAAAAAACCCAUCAAGACUAUUGGACGCGAUGAGCUAUUGAAACAAUUAAAAGCUGCCUUAGCAGAAGCACCACAAAAAGAUUUUGGCAAUAAAACUUACGAUGAAAUGGAUCUAGUGCUUCCAAACGGGCAACGAGUCCAAGUAAUACGUACUACUGAUCCCAAUUUAGUAAAAGGACAACAAGCUUUCUCACAGGAUCAACUGCAAACAUUAUUGGCACAGCAAGCUUUAGGUGGUGAUGAAUUACCUACAGAUGUUGGUAAACUAAGUAUUGACGAUGUAGCACCGCAAAAAAGUAAGGAUUUAGUUUUACCUAACGGUUCCAAAGUGCAAAUACUACGUUCACCUGAUCCAGAACAAUCAGUCGAUCCGCAAAGUUUACCCGGUGGUGUUGAUUUGUCCAAUUUAGCUUCUCUUUAUGGUGGUGAUUUUGCUGGCAUUUCAAAUGGUGCCAAUAGCAUAGCAAGUUCGGCAGUAAUACAAUCCGAUUCAGAUGAACCACCAAGUUUGGAGGAACUAGCAAAACGCGGUCUCAUACCCGAUGGCUAUGAAAUUGAGGGUUUAAGUUCGAAACCAAAACCAAAACCUGCACCAACAGCACCACCUAAAAAGAAAGCAACCUAUGUUUAUCUUGAAGAGCAAGCCGAUGGCAGUUUCAAAAUACAAGGCGUCAAAGCCAAUGGUGAAAAAGAAACUAAACAAACCGGCGCCGAAGUUGAGAGCAUUCUGGAGCGCAUACGCAGUGGGGACAUUAAACUACCACCCUCAGUGCAACGUCUAACAUUACCUAAUGAUGAAGUAGUAGAAAUUGAAAGUGGAAAUAUCAUCAAAACCACAAAAACACCAUAUAUUGCUGCAAUACCACCAAUAGCUCCAGUUAUUGCCACGACAACAACAACCACAACCACCACAACAACACCAAAGCCACGUACUACACAACAACGUCAUUAUCAUCCCUCACGAACUUCACCUGCCUACCACACGACAAUAACACCAUUAAUACAUCGUUCAAGCACAACUAAUUUCCAUGAAACAACAGCACCUGUUUAUCGUACUACACCAGCACCGGUCUAUAUGGGGCAUCCAUCAGCAGUAGCAUAUGGUACAUCAACGCAUACGCCAAUUACAGAACAUCUAACCGAACCUACUAACGAACCAGCCCACUACUCAGAUGCUUUAGUGCAGGAAACUGAAAACACCGAAAAUACAGCAGCAGAGAACACAUCAUCAAACCCAAGCGAAGACCUGAUACAGAUACUCAAGACAAAUGGUUUGUAUGCCAUGGCAAAAUAUUUAAAACAAUCCGGUUUGGAUAGCAUUUUAAAUGAAACUGGUCCGUACACAAUUUUCGUACCAACUGAUAAGGCAUUCAAGAAUCUCCUGGUGCAACUGGGUGGUCCUGAACGUGCAGAAGAGAAAUUCAAAGCUAAUCCAAGACUAUUAAGCGGAUUGCUACUUCAUCACGUCAUACCAGGUUCAUUUGAAAUUGCAAGUUUGCAAGACGAAAUGACAGGCGUUUCGCUAGCUGGAACACAGCUACGAGUCAAUCAAUAUGUUAUGCACGAUCAGGAAUGGAAUGAUGUAACACUCACGACUAUUAAUGGAGCCAUGGUCGUUCUGAACAAAAAGGAUAUCAAAAUACCACAAGGCGUUGCACAUGGAGUAGAUCGCGUUAUGUUCCCAUUACCAGUUGGUGAUAUACUACAAACCUUGCAAUCGGAUCGUGAAAAUCGUUUUUCAAACUUUUUAAAAAUUUUGUAUACAUCAGGCUUAUCUGAGAAAUUGCAAAAUAAAGGUAUUAAAACUUAUACCGUCUUCGCACCAGUAGACAAGAGUUUCGCUGACAUUGAGUCAGAUACUUUGGAGAAGCUUUUUAAUGACAAAGAGUCUGCAGAGGAAUUCGCAAUGAAACAUAUUGUGCCUGGUUCACUGUUCUCAGCUGGCAUGCGUUUCUAUCAGGUGAAGGACUCAUUGCAAACUGGAAAAACAGUUAUAUUACAGAAGACGUCAGCAGGAAAAAUUAAAGUAAAUGAUGCACAAAUGGUCACAUCGAACAUUCCCGCAACAAAUGGCGUGAUACACGCUCUCGAUGGUGUGUUAGCGUGAGAACCAAAAACUUUGCAAAAUGCUAAUGCAGAUGUUUUAGUUUAUAAGCUUUAGUUCUUAUUCCAAAACAAAAGCAAGAUCUUACAAAUCAUUUUUUUUUUUUUUGCUGCUCAACAACGAAAGAAAGUCUUAAUCUUGCCACUUUAACUUUGAAGGUGCUUCUGAGAACUGUCAACUAGUAAACUGUAUUUUUUACACUCCAGCAAAACUAAUAUAUCCUAAGCUCUAUUUAAAGAAUUAUUUCUAUGAUAAUGAAUAACAAAUCUUUUGGUGCUUUUAACACAAAACGAGUUCACAACAAACUCCACUUUAUUCAAUAAACCACUAAGUAAUACCGCAAAAACUCUGAAGUCAUAAAGUUAGUUUAAAGAAAAGCGAUACAGCGAUAUAGCGAUAUCAGCAUUAAUCGAUUAAUAAAAAAUCAGUAAAUAAUUGGUUAAAAUCACGAGAAAAUUAUUUUUAAGUUAAUGUAUUUAUU